CUCUCCCCUAAACAUCGGAGCUCUGUUUGCUUGGACUUUGCAGAGACUCUCAGAAUCGUCUCUGUUCUCUCAUUAGUUUAAGUAUGAGGCUUUGCUCCCGGAAGUGCCAAUGGUCUCGCCGUCGUCACUUUCCGGUAGAAGCGAAGCCAAUGAACUCAAACUACCUGAUCAAUCGAGUCACAUACGCGCGAUGAUGAUCCGCUUGAGCGCUCUCUAUCAUUUUCUCUGUUUUUGUCUUCUUCUUCGUCUUCUUUGGGGGCUAUAUGAUGAUGAUACGUUCGAAGUCAGUGGACCAGACGUUGAUGACGCUCUGUUUCUUGGCGUGUUUAAUUUUGAUUAAUUCUGUCAACUUCUGGAAACUUUUGUUCAAUUGGUAGAAGAAUCGAAAUUAGAUAGAUCUCAGAGCAGCACUAGAAGCAGUAUCUGAGAAAAGGUCUAGGCUUUGAAUAUGUUGAAACUUAGUAAACCAUAUUCUUUCUUCUUAGCUAUUGGAAUGGUUAUUACAGCAAUGUAGGAUACAUCAGUGUUUUGUUAGAAAAGUAAAUUGUGGGCCUAAAACCAUUAAAAGAAUGAAUGAAACAAUUAUGAAAGUGGUCAACUUUGGGAACAAAGUUUGUGCCUUUGUGGUGCUCAAAGUUGACAACAACAAACUGAUGUGAGUUGUAUCUUGUUUUUGAUCAAGAUUGUGACUUUUGUGGUGGGAUUAUUCCAAUUAAUCAGGUUAAGUCUACCUAGGUUCUGUUGUGUGGAAUUAUUGGUGCUGAGGUCUCAAUUAAUUUGAGAACUCUUAUCAGAAACUAGUCUAAGAUAAUAAAGUGGUUUCUUUUUUAUUUCAUAGCCUCAUUGGUAGUAUAUUCUUUGUUGGACCUUUUUGUGUUUUGGCAGUAUUGCUUUGGGAGAAACUAACUGGAUUUUAACUAAAUAUUGUUAAACCAAAGUUUGUUUUCUUGGAGAUUGAGCUUAGCUUUGUUUGGAUCAUACGGCCACUUGUGUGAGAGUUUGAUUGAUUGUGAAGUCUUUAUUUUUUGUGUCAUCAUCAUGCUUGAUAGUUAAGAGAAAGGGAGAGGCAGAAUCAUCACAAGUUCUGAUAAAGGACAAAACCUUUUCUGAUGCAACUCACGUUUUCACUCCACAAGCUCCAAAAGAGUUUACUUGGGAAAACAAAAGUUUGACGAAUGCAAAACCAAUUUUGUUAGCAUAAGACCAAACCCAGUAACCCACUUCUUCUUCUGCCUCCUUGCGUGUAUUUGAGUUACUCUUGUUUUGAGAGAGAGAGAGAGAGAGAGAGAGAGAAAAUGUCUGCUUGUUUGUGUCUUGUGUUCCUGUUCUUCUCUAUUGUUGCAGAAGCAACGUAUUCUCCCGGAGGUUUCCACCAUCUUUCUUCUCUAAGACAACAGAAAAAGGCUUCUAAGUCAAAGCAAGAGUUACCUUUUGAGACUCGUUACUUCCCUCAAAAUCUUGACCACUUCGGUUUCACACCAGAGAGCUACACAGUCUUCCACCAGAAGUACCUCAUCAACAGCCGUUUCUGGCGCAAAGGUGGCCCCAUCUUUGUCUACACCGGAAAUGAAGGAGACAUCGACUGGUUUGCUUCCAACACCGGUUUCAUGUCGGAUAUUGCUCCCAAGUUCCAGGCUCUUCUUGUUUUCAUUGAACACCGGUUCUAUGGAGAAUCAACGCCAUUUGGGAAGAAGUCGCAUAAGUCAGCUGAGACAUUGGGUUACCUAAGCUCUCAGCAAGCGUUGGCUGAUUAUGCGAUCCUGAUAAGAAGCUUGAAGCAGAAUCUAUCGUCUGAGGCAUCGCCUGUGGUUGUCUUUGGUGGCUCUUAUGGUGGAAUGCUUGCAGCGUGGUUCAGGCUCAAGUAUCCCCACAUAACAAUCGGUGCAUUGGCAUCCUCCGCUCCAAUACUUCAUUUCGAUAACAUUGUGCCAUUGACGAGCUUCUAUGAUGCCAUUUCUCAGGAUUUUAAGGAUGCAAGUAUUAAUUGUUUCACAGUCAUCAAGAGAAGCUGGGAAGAGCUAGAAGCAGUUUCAACUAUGAAAAAUGGCUUGCAAGAACUCAGCAAAAAGUUCCGAACUUGCAAAGGCCUUCAGUCUAAAUAUUCAGCCAGAGAUUGGUUAAGUGGAGCAUUUGUUUAUACAGCCAUGGUUAAUUAUCCAACUGCAGCUAAUUUCAUGGCGCCACUGCCUGGUUAUCCCGUGGAGCAGAUGUGCAAGAUCAUCGACGGGUUCCCUCGAGGAUCCAGUAAUCUUGACCGUGCCUUUGCUGCUGCAAGCUUAUACUACAACUAUUCGGGAUCAGAAAAAUGCUUCGAGAUGGAACAACAAACUGAUGAUCAUGGGCUCAAUGGUUGGCAAUAUCAGGCGUGCACAGAGAUGGUGAUGCCAAUGAGCUGCUCGAACCAGAGCAUGCUCCCUCCGUACGACAAUGACUAUGAGGCAUUCCAAGAACAAUGCAUGAGUACAUACGGAGUCAAGCCUCGACCCCAUUGGAUCACCACAGAAUUUGGCGGAAAGAGAAUAGAGACAGUACUGAAGAGAUUUGGAAGCAACAUCAUAUUCUCUAAUGGAAUGCAGGACCCUUGGAGCCGUGGAGGGGUUCUGAAGAAUAUUUCAAGCAGUAUCGUCGCGCUUGUGACCAAGAAAGGAGCUCACCAUGCGGAUCUGAGGGCUGCUACAAAAGAUGACCCAGAGUGGCUGAAAGAGCAGAGGAGGCAAGAGGUUUCCAUUAUAGAGAAAUGGAUCAGUGAGUAUUACAGAGAUUUAAGAGAAGAAGAGCAAUAGGAGCUAAACAAAUAAAGAAAUUUAUGUGUACUGUGUUUUUGAUUCAGUUCGUGUAACAAAGUAAAAACUUCACCAGGAAUUUGUAUUCCCUCAUACAAAUAAUCUCAUGUUUGUUUCUCUAUGGGUGAAUUCUGUAACGAAUGAACAAAUAGUGCCAAUCUUGAAAAAUGUUUAUUGCACUAAAUCAACCAA